AACAUGGAAACAACUUUUUCAUUGGGAAGAAAUCAAUUAUUCCACCGAGCCGACCGAUCGAGACCUCGCUCAUCUUUGUAGGACACCCGCACCCUCCGCGUCGAACACCCGAUCCGGACACCGCUCCAGGCUCCACCUCUCUCCCAUCUCACGCCAACGCUCACUGGACCAUUCCUCCGUGCUGGGGAGCGGCGGAGAGCUAUCCACCUCGUCUCAGGCACCCUCUGGCGUCCCCCUCCCCCCGCCGCGUGCCGGCGAGCCGCGGAGAUCCGGGGUUCUGACCUCGCCUCCUUCUGCUGACAAUAUGGAUUUUGUAGGAAAGAGCAAGGUGAUGUUGGAGCCUUCGGCACUGGGUCUGCCCUCCUGUGUUGCCCUGCAUAUUAUUUGCUGGUUUUCAGAGUUGAUGCUAAACAUGCUUAUUUAACUAAACUAGAAAUUUGUUACCGAGACUUGUGAACGAGGCAGCAUCAUAGUUCAGUUUGGAAACAUGUCAUCGAAGAAGAUAGAGUUGGAUCACAAGGACAUGGUCCAUGAUUCUGCCAUCGACUACUAUGGCAAGCGCCUUGCCACUGCCUCUUCAGACUUCACCGUGAAGAUCGUCAACAUUGGUGCUGCAAAUGCCCCAUCCCAGGUCCUUGCAACGCUAAGUGGCCACUAUGGUCCUGUGUGGCGUGUUGCUUGGGCCCAUCCAAAGUAUGGUGCAAUCCUUGCAUCGUGCAGUUAUGAUGGCCGUGUCAUUAUUUGGAAGGAGGAUGCACGAGGCAAUUGGUCUCAAGUCCACGUCUUCAGUGACAACAAGUCAUCUGUCAACUCCAUUGCUUGGGCUCCGUAUGAGGUUGGCCUCUGCCUUGCCUGUGCAUCUUCUGGUGGAAGAAUAUCCAUCUUGACGAUGCAAGCUGACGGGGGUUGGGAUACUGCAACCAUUGAGCGAGCACAUCCUGUCGGUGCGACUGCCAUAUCCUGGGCCCCUGCAACAGCGUCACUAGCUGGUGCAGGGGAGCUUGUUUACAAGCUUGUCUCAGGAGGGUUUGACUCUGUUGUUAAGGUCUGGGGAUUCAACAAUGGUAGUUGGAAGCUGGAGAGUGCUCUUAUCUCUGACAUGCACACAGAUUGUGUGAGGGAUGUCGCCUGGGCACCAGUUUUGGGAUUGUCCAAGUCGACCAUUGCCAGUGGUUCACAAGACGGGAAGGUUGUCAUCUGGACCAAGGGAAAGGAUGGAGACAAGUGGGAGGGAAAGCUCAUGCGUGACUUCGGUUCCCCUGUCUGGAGGGUGUCGUGGUCCUUGACUGGCAACAUAUUAUGCAUAGCUGCUGGCGAGAACAACAUAACCCUCUGGAAGGAAGGGUCAGAUGGGCAGUGGGAGGAGGCGAUGAAGGUUGAACCAUAGGAUGACCGGCAAGGUUUCUGAAUUUCUUGUAGAUCCAUGUUUCGACAAGGACAAAGCUUGCUACUGUUUUACUAGUGUUUCGACAAAGUUUAAGUUUGCCAUUGUGUUUUACUAGUGUUUCCUGCGGAUCCAUGUUUCGAUAAAGACAAAGCUUGACAUUGUGUUUCCAUAGACACUCAAAUUCACAUAUUUUAGUAAUUCCUGAUGAGCAAUUAUGAUCUUGGAUGGAUCUGGUGCGCUUUAGACUGGCAAUUUUUUAUUCAGGAAACACUAGUAAUGUUAUCUAUUAAACAUUGUAGCAAUUUUUAUUUUUAAUUGUGCUGUCUUGGAUCUUGGUCCA